AUAUCAGCUUAAGCAUGAGGAGUAGAAUUAAGGACAGAACCGAAGCCACUCCUUCCUCUUUUAUAUUUCUUCCCUCUUUAAAUUGGAAUGAAUAAAUUAAAACUGUCUGACAAAAACAAAGUUUUUUCUCUCUCUCUCUCUGCCUUCCAACUCCACCUCAAUUAUUUGUUAAUAUGAGUAGAGGAGAGUCUGAAAACAGAAGAAGAUUUAGAAAAGCCAACAGUCCAUAUGGAGAAGAUAGGAUUCUUGAAGCCACUCCUCCUGGUCCUUCACUCACCAAACCCCAGAUAGAUAUCUCCGAGUCUUCUGCAAUAGCGAGAGAACUCCAUAUGGCACGCAGGGAAAUAGGUCGGUUCAAAGAAAACAGAGUGGAUGCAGAUGCCUUAAGAGCACAAGCGCAAUCUGAGAUGCUUGAUGCCAUGAAGAGAGCUAAAGAUCUCUCUUCUGUAAUUGAGGAAACAAACUCCAAGGCAAAAUUACAUACACGAGAGAUUGAAGUGCUAAAGAAACCGCGAAGGCCUGUGGGCAGGCGUGAAGAUCAGGUAUUGGCUAUUGGGGACGUGGACAAUAAAAAAUAUACAGAAGUGAUGAGAGAAUUGGAACUUGUGAGACAGGAGCUAAGCAUGCUCAAGCUUGAUAUGGCAUCGGUUUUAGAAGAGAAAUCGCGGGCAGAGAAGCAGACAGAGGCUGCAAAUGCAAAUAUGUUGUUUUAUACAAGCUCAGUGGAAGCAAUCAGGAACGAGAUUGAGGAAGCAAAUGAAGAGCAAGUGCUAGCUGAGUUGGCCCGGAUUGAAGCUGCAAGAGAAUUUGGAGAUAUAGAAGCUGAGAGAGAAAAGGAAGCCAUUGAAUUCUCGUUUGCAGUAGACGAGACCAGGAAGAAAAUGAAAGAUAUUGUUGAAGAGGCUGAUUACUCGAAAGAGCUCGAAACCAAAUUAGCUGUUACAAUCUCUGAUGUGGAUGUGUUACAGAAUGAACUAAAGCUAGUUAAAGAAACGGACAAAAGGAUUCAAAGGAUUGACAGCUUAACUCGUUCAGAACCUAGUUUUCGGAAAGAGAAGGACUUGGAAGGCUCGGCGCUGUUACAGUCAGUUACCGAAGAACUAGAGGCGGCAAAGACAGAAUUGGCUGCAGUAAAAGAAGAAGGUUUUCAGUACAUGGCCUCCAUGGAUGUUAUAAGAAAUGAGCUCAAGCAUUUAACAGACAAGACAGCUCGGUUAAGGAAGACAGAAGAGAAAUCGGAUUUAAGCAUUCAAAAUCUCAACUCAAAGCUUCUCAGAGCAAAAGCCAAGUUGGAAGCUGUCUCUGCAUCUGAAGAGAAAGCAAAAUCAAUUGUGUCCAAUCUCUCUCUCACUCUCGACAAGCUCAAGACCGAAGCAGAAGCUGCAAAGAAAGAAAAGGAGCUUGUCUGCGAAGAGACUGCAAGCAUCAAGUCCGAAAUUCUGAAAAUGGAAUAUGAGAUAGAAUCAACUGAGGAAAAACUACAGGCUGCAAUGCAAGAGCUCGAAACAGUCAAAUCAUCCGAAGCUGUAGCGCUUGAAAACCUCAAAAGUCUCAUCGAGAAUACCAUAAGAGCUAGAGCUUUUGAGUCACAGAGUAGUUCUUCAAUUACCAUAUCCAAGUUUGAACACGAGUACCUGACUGGACGUGCGGUCGCAGCUGAAGAAAUUGCUGAUAAGAAGGUAGCAGCAGCUCAGGCAUGGGUUGAAGCACUAAAGGCCAGUGAGAAGGAAAUACUGAUAAGGAUAGACUUAACUCUGAGGGAUCUCAAUGAGAUGAGAGUGGACGAAGAGCAACAAGUACAGAAUUGGGGACAAAAACGGGAGAGAAUUGUAGUAUCUGGAAGCCGGCAACAAGCCAUGCCUAGAAAGUCUAUCAGAAGUAAUGGAUACCAGACUCCAUACAGGCGGGUUAGGCAUAGAAAAUCUGCUUCUCCCGGAGCGCGGAACAAUUUCCCCAUUCAGAAGAAAAAGCAUGUACUGCCUAAUCUGACCAAGUUAUUCAGUGGUAAGAAAACUGCCAAAGAUGAGCGAGCUGUUUGAAGUUUACUGCAUCUUAAUUUGGCAAAGUGAAUCCAGUCCACCACAUAAAUAAAUCGCACCGCCGUAUUUUUCGCCAUGGGAGCUUGUAGCUUUGCUUUUUCUCAAAUAAGUGAUGCUCCUUAAGCUUUUCAUUUACCAAAAAACAUGGAACUCUGGUCAAGUGUGUAAUAGCUUUGCGCUGAGCGUGUGGAACAUUCAUGUCUGUAAUUGUAUUUUGGAAUGUUUUCGUAUCAAUAAACAGAACAGAGAGCCGUUUGUUUUUGCAUCUCAA